UCCGUAGGAGUGGGGGAAAGCAGCGGAAGGGAUGGAGGGAGAAGCAAUGGGGAAGGCUGAGAAAGAGAGUCGAGCGGCGGUGCGUGGAGGCCGGCGGAGAUAUGCGGAGGUGAACGGAGAUGGGCGAAGUCGAGCGGAGGUGGAGCGAAGGUGGGUGGAGGUAGGCGAAGGUGGGCAGAGGCAGACAAAGGGGAUUAGGAUUGGGAUCGGAAAGCGGAAGCAGAGGUGGCGAACUUGGCACAUGGCGAAUUUGCCACGUGGCGAUCUUGGCACGUGGGAGGGGGAGGUGGCGAUCUUCUCACGUGGGAGGGGAAGAUGGCGAGCUUGCCGCGUGGCAAACUUGCCACGUGGUGUGAAGCGGAAGCCGAGGUGGAAGCGGAAGCUGAAGGUGGCCCGAACGGAGGUAAUCGGAGCUAAGAUGGCCAGAGCGCAGGUGAGCGGGCGUAGAGGAGGUGGUCUUGUGGACCGCAGAUGGGCCGAGGUGGGCGGAGGUGGGCGGAGGUGGGCGAAGGUGGGCGGAGGUGGGCGGAGGCGGGUGGAGGCGGGCGGAGGGGAUCGGGAUCGGGAUCGAGAAGCGGAAGCGGAGGUGGCGAACUUGCCACAUGGCGAUCUUGGCACGUGGGAUGGGGAGGUGGCGAACUUGCCACGUGGCGAUCUUGCCACGUGGCGAUCUUGUCACGUGGGAGGGGGAGGUGGCGUGUUUGCUGCGUGGCAAACUUGCCACGUGGUGGGAAGCAGAAGCCGAGGCGGAAGCGGAAGCUGAAGCGGAGGUUGAAGCGGAAGCG